AAAAAACUAAUACAGUUUUUCUAUGAGGCACUGCAAGAUUUACAUUCAGGAGAAGUUGUGUUUCCACAGCUUCUGCAGCCAAGAAAGUAUCCUGACUGUCCUGUCUAGAAGCAGCUUCAGCCUUGGCUGGGGAGCGAUCAGACGAUUACACACGUUUACAACAACAGAAGAGAAAGAGGCAGACAAAAGGUGACAGCAAAUCUCAUCAUGGCAUCAGCUGCACUACAGUUCUUUGCUUUCAUUUUAGCCUUGUUUGGUGUUUUUGGUGCAAUCACGGCUGCCUUGUUGCCCAACUGGAAGGUGAAUGCAGACGUGGGUUCAAACAUCAUCACGGCCAUAACUCAGAUGCAAGGGCUCUGGAUGGACUGCACAUGGUACAGCACUGGGAUGUUCAGCUGCACACUGAAAUACUCCAUCCUCUCCCUCCCUGUUUACAUCCAAGCAGCGCGGACCACCAUGGUUUUGUCUUGCAUCCUUUCGGCUUUUGGAAUCUGCAUCGCCACUGUUGGGAUGAAGUGCACAAGGCUGGGAGGAGACAGGGACACCAAAAGCCACACGUCUUUUGCAGCAGGAGUUUUUUUCAUCCUGGCAGGAAUAUUUGGGUUGAUACCGACAGCAUGGUACACGAGAGAGAUCAUUUCCAAUUUUCUGGACCCAGCAGUCCCAGAAAGCAGUAAGCACGAACCAGGAGGAGCUGUUUACAUUGGAUUCAUUUCAGCAGGACUUCUACUCACGGCAGGUGUGAUCUUUGGCACUUCCUGUUUCAAAAAGCAGCAGGGGGCCUGGAUUUACCCUAAUAAGCCGCACCACCAGUUCCCUGGUGCCCAGCAAGAGAACAACACAGGCUACAACCUGAAGGAUUAUGUGUAAAUAUAGUUGGCAAUAUUCGCCAGGGUUCCUAUACAGUCAAGUACAGAUUUAAAUACUGUACUUUAAGUUUUUAAAGUUCUGUUUUUGAUAAAGGGUCGUAAUUAUAUUUUGGCAAAGUGUAUUGUUGUUACUCUGCACAAAAAAAGGAUAGCAAACGUUUAAGUAACUGUAAGAACCCUUACUUUAUUGCUGAAAUUGGUUUAUAGUUUAAAUGUAACAGGAAAGAACAAACUGAAGAAUACAAUGUUAAAUCUUCUAGCAUGCAAAAGUUUGUUCACGUUUGUCAUGUGCCAUACUUAAUUUCCUCAGGAGUCUCAUUUUAACUAUGGAACCAGCAAAACCUAUUGUGCCUCAAUGGGAAACCCUAUGUACUAUUUCCAAAUGAUAGCUACAUCUGUCUUUCAUUGUGAAUUCCCAACUACCAUGGUAACUAGAUUUCUUCAUUAAAAAAACUCUCAUGCAUUUGCAUGUCAGGGCUGAAAAGCUGACACCGCCAUUCAACAGUUGCCAAAACUGCCCCUGCCCCAUCGCUCCCAACCUGCUGAGGGUGCCAUUUUUUAUUUUGACUUAAUCCAACUGCUGCUAAUUUAAGGCCCAAACAUCAGGACAGGGAAGAGGAUACAUAAAGUGUUCAAAGCUGCAAUGUUAUAUAUUUCGGUCUAUGUCUUGUCUUCUAAAUGCUUUUCUCAAGAUACUAAAACAACCAAGUUAAACAAAUGUUUCUUAUUGUCAAUUAAUUAGUCUGGCGUUAUUUUCACCUGUAACAUCAUUUGGCUCCUUUAAAAUAUUAUAUGAAUUUGAAAGCCACUCUUGGAUCAGACCUCGGAGUUGCUGGCAGUCUGCCACACACAGCUCUUGUAGCAACUCCACUUGUAAUUACUUUGCCAGCAUGAUUUACUUGGUUAACGCUCCUUGCAUCUCGGAGCCUUUUUUCUAACAUGCUAAAAUGAUUAUUAGCCACUGUUGGGAACCUGUUUCUAUUAUGGGGAGAGGUCAAAUUUGAAUCUCUUGGUAUAAAAGCAAAGGAACAGUACAAGGAGUCAGGGUGCAUAACAUCUCCAUGUUACGUAAAUACUAUGAAUGUAUGCUUCACUAAAGAACAGAAAGUUAAAUGAGAAGCAAAACAGCAGUAAAUGGUAGAUGGGGAAAGACAUGAACAUUCUAUGUAUCAGCUCUGCACGGGAGAGGUAAAUAGCUCUUCAAAAUCAAAUAUGAAACUUGUUUUAGAAAUAAAGGAAUUUAUUGUACUGGCCUCUACAUUUUCAAGCAGAAAAGUAAAAAAUGGAUGUAUGACAUUU